GGUUGAUAUGAUGUAAUGCAGACGGAUAAAGCAUCAAUGCUGGACGAGAUCAUCGAGUAUGUUAGAUUCCUUCAGCUUCAAGUCAAAGUACUAAGCAUGAGCAGAUUGGGAAGUGCAAGAGCAGCUGGUCCACGACUCAAUGGUCUCACAUCCGAGGUAAGAGGACAGCUCAACGCACUCUCGGGACCAUGCAAUGUCAGUAACGGGAAUGGAAACGCAACGGGAUCAUCCAGCGAGAGCCUAAGGACAACGGAGCAGAGGGUGGCGAAACUGAUGGAAGAAGACAUGGGAUCAGCAAUGCAGUACCUUCAAGGGAAGGGGCUUUGUCUAAUGCCCAUCUCCCUCGCAACAGCAAUGUCAUCAUCAUCUAAUCACUCUCGUGGAGCUCUCUUCAGCCCCAACUCCAAUGCUGUAGCAGCACAGGAGGCAAAUGUAGCAGGUGCUGCACCUGAAGCCUCCUCCACUAUGGAUGAUGUAUCUGCCUCCAAGGCGUGAUCCAUAGGAUCUCUCAAUUGCUUCUUCAUUUUCUCCGUUUUGAGUCGAAGUGUCAAACACUAAUAUUCAUUUUCUAUCUACAAUUUUCAUUGUUAAGCAUUAAAUAAUAUAAAACAGUUAAUUUACAACAUUUAAACACACAACUAGCAUAACCGACAAGGCAGAAACCAUACAGUACAGUAGAGAGGUGGUGGGACCGAAAACUAAGAGACAUGCGUUCCACUACUUAACCCAAAAUCGCUUUGUCAACGCUGCUACCGUUUGGGUAAAUCGAAUGUAACCUGAACCAGUAUAAUAAUCUCUAUUCAAGUUGAAGCUCCCCACAUUCUACCACUUAUUAUAUUCAGGCUC